AUGAUGCUGAUGCCACGGAGAGCAAUAAACACGGCCGACGCUGUCGCUACAGAAUAUUUACAAAACAGUCAUUAUCGAUUUUAUUGCCAUCUAACUGCGCUAAUAUCCAAGGUGAGGUUAUUUUCACUAUGCUCCUUCUUGAUUGAUUCUCCCACCUCCUGGAGAAGUGUUUGCUGCUGUUCGCUGUUAUCUCCUCCCCGCGCGCAAUCGACUAACCAUUGGUUCUUCAAGUUAGAUCGGAUACAUAUAGGUCGAGAAAUACUAUACCUUUUUUUAUUCAUAAUGACCGCCGAGCAGAGAACCGCCAAUUCUCCCUUGCCCAUCGAGGAGCUUAGCAAGGUCACGACUGAGGCCUGCGAAACUACCCUCGCCGAGGUAAAAGAAUACGACCACACUAAAGUUGGGGACUGGAAUUCCCAGAUCAUCAACACAAUCCUUAAAUCUCUCAUCGCCGCAACCGCCCCCUCCACCCCCUCAACACCGGCUCCCUACCGCUUCACCGUGAACAGCACUAUCGUGCAGCAGGGAGUCGUCGACAAGGCCACCGCCGCGGACGGUGAACACAGCAAUGCCGGAAAGCGUGGGAUGCACUCUGCCGCCGGUGCGUUCUGGGAUGUCAACCGGGAUGGAAUGUGGACGUUUAAGUACCCCGGGGCUGAGGAGAGGGGUUUGGAUGUUGUGGUUAGUGUGACUUGGUUUGCUGUCGGUUAG